UAGUAUGAGAUAAUCUCACAGCGCGCGACACUCGCUUUCAGUGCGUCUGCUCACAAAAGACACGACGCUAGUCUGUCACACAAUCUCUCGAUGAAGCGCUGCGUUAUUCUUAUUUAAUAUUUUUUAGUCAUAACUACAUUAACACUUUGUACGCGCAAGUUUGUGAUAAAAAGAGCUGUGUGAUAAAACAUAACCUAACCAUUUCGAUAUCAAUAAAACCGCUCAAGCGAUAAAUUUGUACUGUUGUAUAAAAAAAGAGAACUCGCCUGACCUUCACGACUAGCAAGAGCCCAGCAACUGGUAGGUAACUGCAGGUAGAGAGACAUCACCGCUUGUCAGACGAAUUCUACAUUGUUGCAAAAAUGGGGAAGAUACACGAGCGUCGUCUGGAACAGCCAACGCCGAACGUAUCUGUGGGAAAAGUCAUACUCGACAAGUUGCGCCAGAAUGGCGAUCGUGUUUAUGCAAUAGACGGACCAACCGGCAAUCGGAUGACAUAUAGCGAACUGCUCGAGAAAAGCGUGAAGUUUGCGAACUUUUUACAAAAAUACGGGAUAAAAAUCGGGGACAGAAUUGGCAUCGCAACUGAAAAUCGAUUGAAUUGGUUAAUACCAGCUUGCGCGAGCUUUUAUCUCGGCGCUAUAGUAGCACCGUACAAUCCAAUGUAUACGGAAUAUGAAUUCCAACACGUAUUAAGUAUUGCAAAGCCACGCAUUAUUUUUGUAUCUCGGCGCACCGAAAAUCUUUUCGUCAAAAUGCUACCAAAAUUAUCCUGGAAAGUGGAACUAAUAGAAUUGGACGAUCAACCGCUCACGGCAAACGUCCGUACGUUGACGAAUAUCUUAAAUAACGAACCAAGUGUAGACUACAUGAGAUAUAAAGCCGCAGAUAUCGGUGACGCCAGUCGGCAUCCGUUGACUAUUCUAUGUUCGAGCGGAACCACGGGGUUGCCGAAAGGAGUAACGCUAUCUCAUAAAAAUAUAAUGGCGUUUUUCACGAAAAUAAGCAAGCCCGAGUACUUGGAUAUAAAAAAGGGUGAUAGAAUACUGAUGGUGUUGCCGUUUUAUCACGGCUACGCGAUGAGCACGACGAUACUCGGUAUUUAUACGAGCUGCACCGUGAUCGUGAUGCCCGCCUUCGAGCCGAAACUCUUCCUGACCCUGGUGCAGGAGCACAGGAUCACCCAUCUGCCGCUCGUGCCGCCGAUCCUGACGUUCCUGGCGAAACACCCGCUGGUGGAGAAGUACGACUUUCGCAGCGUGAGAGAACUCAUCUGCGGAGCGGCGCCGGUUGCGAAGGACAUCAUAGCCGCGGUGAAGACUCGCAUCGGCGUGAAAUGCGUUCGCAACGGCUACGGCAUGACGGAGUUGUCGGUAGUGAGCGGUUUAAGCGGGCGCGACGACGACGACGAUGCGUUCGAGGUUCCAGGAUCCGGAUUGCUCAUGCCUGGUUUUCUCGGCAAAGUGGUUGAUCUCGAGACACAAGAGACGCUGGAGGCUGGUCAGGUGGGCGAGAUCUGUUACCUGGGUGAGCAAGUGAUGCUGGGUUACUGGAACAACCCCGAGGCGACCAGGCAGACCAUUGACCAGGACGGAUGGCUUCACACCGGCGACAUCGGCUACUUCGACGACAAAAACAAGCUGCACGUGAUCGACCGCGUCAAGGAGCUGAUCAAGUACAAAGGCUAUCAAGUUUCGCCGUCGGAGAUCGAGACCGUCCUAUUAUCGCAUCCCGAAGUAAAAGACGCCGCGGUUGCCGGCAAACCUGACGAACGUAGCGGGGAGGUUCCCGUGGCUUUCGUAGUGAAGCAACCCGGCGCCAAGAUCACCGCCCAAGACCUACAGGAACUCGUUAAAAAGCAACUGUCACCGCAAAAAUGGCUGUACGGCGGAGUGCAAUUUGUCGAUGCCAUACCGAAGAAUCCUGCCGGCAAGAUUCUACGCCGCGAACUACGAGCAAUGAUUUCUAAAUUGUAAUAAUAGAAAUCGCAUAUCGAUGGAUUUGCGCUCGUAUAAGCGCAAGUAUAAAUCCCCCUUGAUGAAGAUCGAAAGAAGCAUUAAAUCAACAAAGUACAUAAAUUGUAAUAUUGUUAACAUUGCCAAGACCGAAUUGGCAAUCGCUCAAGAAAAGUGUCAUGAUGCGUGUAUGUACCAAGAAAUAUUUCUGCGUUAACGAGCUUCUCACUGCGUAGGAAGAGUGAUUAAGCGCCGCGGAUUUCUUCGUUGCAGAAACGCAAAUUUAUUGCAGCCUUGUUGUCACGUUGAUUAAUUCGUGAAUAAACCGUUGAACAACCGUGACCGAUUAAAUAUACGAGCGCUCGGUGGACCAGUUCCAUCCUCCCGAAUGUAACGAGACGGCACAGCGUGAGGGUGUUUUGAGUUAUAUUACACGAUAUCACUCUUGCGCCCCGACUUGCAGCGCUACGAAAAUAAGCGAAGAAACCUGUUGCGUUACACACGUCGACGAGAAACGCGAGCGCGUUCUCAUAUUUCAUCAAUACCUAAACUUCUACUUUUUUUUUCCUUUACGACGAUACGAGUCGAGCUUCUUAUCAAUCCUUUCAGUGAAUCUCUGUAGUAAUUCGAAAAAUAUCUACGAUUAAUUAUUUAAAUAAAUAAUAGGUAUUUUGAAUAAAGACAGCUUAUCUCGAAA